GCUGACUCAACGGCCAUCCCCUUCCUGUUGUUUUGCUCUCGGCAGUAUUAUCACAGUACAGUAUGGUUUAGAUACUCUGUUGUACUAUCAUAGAGAGAGCAUAUCUUUGUUACUAUCCUCCGACACCCAUUAUAGUUCGCACAAAGGUCGGUGCGCCAGUAGGCAGGCAAUAGUUGUUGUACCCGUUCAAGUAAACAAGUCAACAGUUAGAGACCGCAUACUUACUGUAUGUAGUCUGAUCUUUGCAGACGCUGCGUGUACAAUUGCUACAACUACCUAAUUUUACAGACCAAUUGAAACUGAAAGUCAGCAUCCUUUCAAUUGGAUAAGCCAUCAUAACACCCAUCAUGGAGCUGUCUCACACCAUGGAAACAGAGGAGCUGAUGACCUGCCUCCAGAUCCAGCUCUACCACCCCCAGCAGGCCUCUAAGGCUCUUUACCGCCUGCUGCCCCUGGACGCCAGGCACAAGCACCCAGCUGAGGACCCCCUGAGGCUGGGCCGGGACGCCCACGGCUGCACCUUUGCCCUGGCAGACCCACGGGUCUCCCGCAAGCAGCUGGCCUUGCAGGCCUACCUCACCGCCAACAGCCCCAACAUGCUGUUCUCUGUGCAGAACCUGAGCCAGAAGGGACACGUGACGGUCAACGGGUCGGAGUUGGGGUACCUGGAGAGGGCAGAGCUGCCAAAUAAGGCCCUGGUCCGGUUCGGGGAGUAUGAGGUGCUGAUACGUCGUGAGAAUGGAGAGGCAAAGGGGAGCUUUGAGGUGCAGUUUGGGGUGCUGGCAGUGCCCCCUUCCAGAGAGGUGGGCGUGCCAAGUAUGGUUCCCAUCAUGGAUACAGGCUCAGACCAUUCAACCAAUGGCAUCCCACCACUCAUGAGCCAUGGGCCGAUAGAGAUGGAUGAGACAAUAAUGUACCAAUCAUGCAGUAUGUUUCUCUCAUAGACAAUGAUUUUCUCUUUACCUAGUAGCAGUUGUCUUUAACCUGUUAGUGAUCCCUUCGUGCGCCAAUCCCUUUAGCGGGAUCGAUUGGACAACAUCCAGUGAAAUUGCAGAGCGCCAAAUUCAAACUACAGACAUUUCAAGAUUCAUACGUGUAAUACAUCAAAAUAACGCUUAACUUCUUGUUAAUUCAGCCGCAGUGUCUGAUUUCAAAAAGGCUUUACGGCGAAAGCAGACCAUGCGAUUAUCUGAGGACAGCGCCCCGCAUACAAACACAUGAAAAUCAUUUUCAACCAGGCGGGUGGCGACACAAAAGUCAGAAAUAGCGAUAUAAUUCAUGCCUUACCUUUGAAGAUCUUCUUCUGUUGGCACUCCAAAAAUGACCCAGAAACAUCACAAAUGGUCAUUUUGUUCGAUAAAUUCCUUCUUUAUAUCCCCAAAAUGUCAUUUUUUUGGGCGCGUUUGAUUCAGAAAUACACCGGUUCCAACUCGCCCAACAUGACUACAAAGUAUCUAAUAAGUUACCUGUAAACUUGGUCCAAACAUUUCAAACAGCGUUCCUAAUCCAACCUCUGGUAUCCUAAAAUGUAAAUAAUCUCUAAAAUUAAAGACGGGAAAAACUGUUUCCAAUACCGGAUAAAAACAAUGUGAAGCGCAUUCCAGUUCACGUGCACCAAACAAUAGAGUCCACUUGGAGUGACACUUACAAUGAACAGCCCUACUUCUUCAUUUCUCAAAAGAAAAACAUCAACCAAUUUCUAAAGACUGGUAACAUCUAGUGGAAGCCAUAGGAACUGAAACCAGGUUCCUAUUAAAUAGUGCUUUCAAUAGAAACCCAUUAUGAAAUACUAUGACCUCAAUUUCUUUUCCCCCUGGAUGGUUUGUCCUCGGGGUUUCGCCUGCCAAAUCAGUUCUGUUAUACUCAGACAUUAUUUUAACAGUUUUGGAAACUUUAGAGUGUUUUCUAUCCAAAUCUAUUAUAUGCAUAUCCUAGCUUCUGGGCCUGAGUAACAGGCAGUUUACUUUGGGCACACUUUUCAUCCGGACAUUUAAAUACUGCCCCCUAUCCCACAAUAUUCAUGUUAAACAUUGUAUAAUCUCUUGUGGACAGGAAGUGACACACUUUAACAAUAAUUUUACUUCUGGGUAACUGAGAUUACAGAAUGUUUAAACUUAAUCAUACUGUUGACUGUAUGUAGCGCCAAGCCAUUGGGACCUCAAGUGUAGUUUUUCAUAUCACUCUGCAAGUGUUACUAAGACUGUUACGUUAUUAUAUAAAAUGUGAAACUAAAGCUUUUGAAUAUUGCCCUUUUUCAUGUAGUUCAAGUAUCAGUGUUCAAUGAAAGAUGGGGAAGGAUCAUAUGGUUUUGUAACUGUUUUGUAAAUGUUGACUAUAAUAAUAAAAAUGUUUUUAUUUGA